AUGUUCGGCAUGUACUUCGAGGACUACGAACAGGCCCAACAAGAGGCUUUGAAGUCCAUUGGCGAGUACACACACGCUGCCGAGUCAGCCAAGCGCAAGCAGUUGGCCGUGCUUGCGAAACACAGUAUCGACGAAGUUGAACGAUACAUCCGCAUCUUGGAAAAUGAGGCAAAGAAUGGGUCGUCCAUCACGAAGAAAAGAAGGAUGAUGGAGCAGGUGCGUCAGUGCCGAACCAAAUGGUCCGCUUUAAAGACGUCGUUCGAGAAGGAGUUGCUAGCGGAAACUACUCGAGCGAGGGAAUUGUCCCAGUCAUCGAUGGAUGGAACUUCCACGACUGAGCAACUCGAGAGUUGUGCUGCGCACAUUGACAGAACUGGGCGUCAUUUGGAUGAAGCGCAACGCACUCUUGUCCACACGGAAGCCAUCGCGGAGAACGUUGCCAACAACUUGCUACAGCAACACGAUCAAUUGGAACGGACCGAAGUGAAUAUCACGCAAACGCAGGAUGACACGAAGGAGGCAAAGAGCCACCUCCGUUCGAUGGCGUUCAGGGCGUGCACCAGUCGAGUUUUGCUGCUUCUGGUGAUGCUGGGACUCGUGGUCGCCAUCAUUUUGGUCUCGUACUACCGAUGGUACCCAAGCAACCAGAAAGACUACUUGGGAAUCUUACCCAACUCGACUGACUCCGGAUCCGGUAGCGGUAUAGUUGCCCAGUGA